UUUGUCGGCGCAGUGCUCUGAUUGAAAAUAAAAAAACUAAGAAAAACAGAAAAAAAUAAUCAUUGGAGGAAUACAAAAACUAAAAAAAGUAUUAAUUGUAUGUUUUUUAAUAGUUUCUUUUUCAAAAGUACACAUUUUUGGUCAAACAAAACGAAAUCUCAAUAAAUUUUAUAAAUCAUAAAGAUUGAAGAAGUAAAAAAUAGAAAAACGCAUAAAGAGCAUAAAAUAGUUUGUGAAAAAAUUCUACAGCUACUAGAAUCUUUCCUGUUCACAUAUUUCAAGGACGCCAACUAAAUUGAAACACAAAAAUCAUUAACAAGAUCAGAAGAAUCUGAAGAAAUAACACACAAAAACAAGAACAAAACAUUGAGUAAACAUUUUAAAAUAAGUUUUCAAUAAUUUGCCAAAUCUGCCAUGGCUACCGAGGAUGAGUUGCCCGAAAAGCUAGAUAAACUGGAGAUUACACCCAUCUUGCCACAAGUUAAAUUGUUGGACAGAAAUUUGCCAGUUCAGCUAAAUCCUUUUUUCGAGAAUGAUCUUAAAGAUAUUGGAACUGAUAGUAAAGUCGAACAAACUGCAAUUGCCUCAACAAACGCGCAGGCAUCGCCAUCUACAAACAUCACUAGAACAUCCAAUCUCAACUGUCGACGAUGUCGCUUUCGUCGUGCUUCGGAAAGUGUAUUGGAUGAAUUGAAACAUACUGCAACAAAUACUGCUUCAGAUACGGCCGACUAUAUACGAACACCACCAAAUGGUGUACUCAAACAAACUCUGAAAAAAUCCACCUCUUCGUCGGCAGGUGGUCCGGGAAAUCGUAAAGUUUUACUGCGGGAACCAGUUUUAAAAGCACUACAAACUUGUUUGCAUCCUCAUGGAAAUGUACGAAGAAAACUCUUGGCCUCCGCUAAUCCAAACCAAACAGCGGCUGGCAACGAUGGUACUUUAGCUACCAAAGGUAUGUCCGAUUUUCGUGAUUUAAUUGAUGAGUGUCGCAAUCUAUUGUCAGAAGAUGUGGACUUCAGCGGUAGGCUCAAUCAAAUAAGUUUGAGCAAUCGAACUUCUAAGAAUUUCACCACUAUACAGACACCCAAAAUACAAAGUAAUAAAUUGCGCAACAAUAGACGACCAAUACUCAAUGCGGCUACACUAUCAUCGCCAUCGCCAGAGACAACAGCUGUGAAUGCAAAUCAUAAUGAUCCCUAUGCCAUGCCAUUGUUACAGCCUCCCGUACUGGGUUCUAGUAUUAGCAGCACAAGUUUACAACAGCAACGUAAUAUUAACAGUUUAUCACCAGAGCAUGCUAGCAAUCAUGCUCGUUGCAGCACUACCUGUUCCCAACAGGCUGGAAAUUCCGCUGCUGCCGCCGCCUGUGAUGAUGUGACAAUUGAUGAAUUGGCCAGUUAUUUUGAUACCUUUGUGCACAUCCCUAAAAAGAUGUCCUCAAUGGCUGAGAUGAUGUAUAUAUAAGAAAAUAGCAAAAUGUAUGUGUGUGUGUUAUAUAUUUUUGAUUUUGUGUCUUUUUGUGGCAGCAAAAGAUUAACAUUUAUCAAUUUAACGUAUUAUCUAUUAAAAAUAUUCUUUAUUUUUUCUCAAUUGCAUGUGAAAACCCCAAUUUCAAGCAAAUAAGAAACAAACAUAAUCAUACCAAGAAUUCUCCAUAAAUAAUGUGUAAAUAAACAUAAACAAAAGAAAGAUAAGAAUCAUUUAAAUUCAUAUUGGAAUAAUUUCAAAAUCUAACAACUCAUUAGCCACUUUGGAGAUAUCAUGUAACAGUCCAGGGACUGUCUAACAUUUUAGAAGCAUCCAACUAGAUUUUUUAAUCCAAAGGAAAGGUAAUCAUUUAUAUUAAGAACAAUAAUUAUUAAAACAUGCUAUUUACGAUUUUAAGAUGGAUUACAUUGGACAACAAAAUGUAUAAAACUCAGAUCAAAGUAAUCUUUUCUGAUCUGUUUUAUUGACAAAAUGUCUUAAUUUAAUAAAAUUCAUAAUAGAACAUUUUUGCAUUCUCCUUUUGCACUUGUUCUACAUAUGUUUACUUGAGUAUAUCGUGAAUCGGUUAUUUUUGGACUAUAUUCCUAGGAACACCUCUAAAUGUUAGGAGAAAAUCUUUAUUAAUAUUUCGAUUUUAGUAUAAAAAUUUAUUUAAAAAAUCUUAUGAUUUAUUAAAGCGUAUUUUAUAAAAUAAAUUUUUCUUAAUUAAAUAUAAACGAUUUCCUUUAAUAAUUUUAAAAGAACCAAGUGUUCAAGAUUUUGAUAGUAUACGCCUUAUUUAAAUCCUCAUUCAUUCCAAAAAAAAUAUGAAUAACUUUAAAAUACAUGCAUAUUUUAUGUAUAAAAUUGAAAAAUGCUUGCAAAAUACCUACAGCAUAUAAAUGCAUAUUUUUUCAUUUUCUAUGUAUAUUUACUUACCUUUUUAUGAACUUGGUAAAGUUUCAUUAUUUUGCGUAUAUUUUCAUUUUGAAAAUUCUACAGAAUACAUUAAUAUGUUUUAUGUACAUCAAACAUGCACAUCUACAAUACACAUAUACAUAAAUGUUUUAAUGCACUUCUCUCAUUUAUCUUAUUCUAUACUAUUCUUAUUAUUAAUUUCUAUAAAUAUUUUUUUAUUAAUAUUAUUAACUGAUAUUUACUAUUAUUAAUCAUUAUUUUUUUAGUUGUAAUAAUCACUUUUUACACGUAUCAGUCCAUAAGAAUCUUAAAGCAUUGAGUUUGAAUUAUUUAUAUUGAAAAUGAAUUACAAAUUUAUAUUGAAAAUGCUGUGUAACAAAUUGAUGUUUUUUAGGAUGAAUGGAUUUUAUUGUUUAAUAAAAUAAAUGUGUUAAAAAAAUACAAAAAA